GUCUGCUAAUAAUAGCUACAUGUCAACAAUUGCAACUUGGAGCAGUAAUAUAGACCUAAAGAUAACUACGCAGAUUUUAAGAUAACGUUUAAGAAGGUAACUUUAGUCCAAAGUCCCAAAUAACCCAAUGGCCAAGUUAACGUUACCUGAAUGUAUUUAACUGUGAAGCAGCUAAUAACAAAGGUAAAACUGACCCAGAAAACUUUGAACUGAGCUGACCACCAGCUGAUCGACAGCUUAGGAGCAGCUAGCUCCACACGUACUCCCCCCGAACUCUGGCCUGCAGUCCGUUUGAUAUAUCACCUUGCCUCGCACAAGCUGCCCGCCGAGCUGUACAGUUAAAGAUGGAUAUUCAUAUUGAUUCCGUGUUUCAUUCUUUUUUAGAAUACUUGUCUUUAGGAGGUCUUGUAUUGGCUGAAGCCCUGGACCAUCUGGACGACACGCUUUCAGAAUGGCCUCCUGUUCUCUUGGUUGCUCUUACUGCGUUCUUCGUCACUGUUGCCAUGGAGAUGUACAGAUGGUAUUCAGACUCAGAUUUGACCUUGAUGCAGAGAGGGAAGAGAAAGUUCUUCAAGAUGCUCAGGAGUGCACCAAUUAUUGGUAGCAAGAUUAAGAAGGAGCUGAAGAGUACCAAGACCAACAUUGCCCAGUCGUCCUUCAAACUGCCUAAGGGUGAGAAUUAUAGGACCACGCUACCCAAGACUGGUUUGAGCCACCAAGAACUGAUGUCGGUAGUCAAGAAGAACUACAAAAAUCUAGAGGAGAUAGAUUGGCAGAAAGGCAAGGUAUCAGGGACGGUAUACACUGGAGAAAACCAUGGGAUCAUGGGACAGGUCUUUGAGCUGUUUUGUAACUCCAAUCUGCUUCAGCCCGGUGUGUUCCCUGGAGUCAGGAAGAUGGAGGCUGAGAUCGUGGCCAUGUGCUGUGAUAUCUUCAAAGGGGGACCAGAGUCCUGUGGAACGACCACAUCUGGAGGAACGGAGAGCCUCUUGCUAGCCUGUCUGGCCUACAGAGAGCUUGCAAGAGCUAGAGGUGUUCAGAGACCAGAAAUUCUUCUUCCAAUCUGUGGUCACGCUGCUUUUGAGAAGGCAGCUCAUCUCUUUGAAAUGAGGAUUGUUAGAACUCCUCUGAACAAGACUACUUAUAAAGCUGAUGUACAGGCCAUGAAGAAGAUGAUAAACAAGAACACUUGCAUGUUGGUAGUCUCAGCUCCAUGCUUUCCUCAUGGUAUUAUUGAUCCAAUCUCAGAAGUUGCCAAGCUUGGCUUGAAGUACAAUAUCCCUGUUCACAUUGACAUGUGCAUGGGUGGGUUCUUGUACCCCUUCCUGAGAUUAGGGGGUCAUGACAUACCCCCUUCAGACUUCAGCGUGGCAGGGAUCACCAGUAUAUCAGCUGAUUUACACAAGUAUGGCAAGGCUCCAAAAGGAAGCUCAGUUGUGCUGUACAGUGAUCAGAAGUAUCGUCAGGGGCAGUUCUUUGUCUCCACAGACUGGGUGGGAGGGGUCUACGCAUCCCCAACUUUAGCUGGGACUCGAUCUGGUGCUGUGAUUGCUACUGCUUGGGCCACUCUUAUGCUACAAGGCUUGGAUGGAUACAUACAGCAUGCUGACAGAGUUAUCAAAACCAGAGAAUCAAUCGAGAAAAGAUUGAGGGAGAUUGAAGGCAUCACUGUGAUUGGCCAGCCCAAGGUGAGUGCGGUGACGAUCGCGUCCAAUGUCUUUGACGUCUUCCGUUUGGGGACGUGCCUGACGGAGAAAGGAUGGCAGAUGUACACGGUUCAAAAUCCCUCAGGUCUUUGUGUGACUGUGACUGAUCUAUUCAACAAGGAGACGGCCAAUCAGUUAAUAGCCGACGUGGAGGAGGGCACUGCACAGAUCAUGAAAGACCCGAAUGCUAAAGCAGAAGGCAUGGCUGCAAUCUAUGGGAUGGCUUCCACGCUACCGGACAGGUCUCUCGUUUCUGAUUUUAUUUGUGGAUACCUAGAUGCCUUCUACAGCACAGAGAGCCACCAGUAGUGAACCAGACAACAAACGGAUGUCUGAACUUCCUCAACAUGUGAAAUGUCUUUUACCACUGGCAUUUUUGUUUCUACAACCAACGUAUACUACUGUUAUACAUAUCAGAAUCUUUGCAGUAAAAGAAUUGAAUUGCAAUCAUGAAUUAUAGCAAUAACUGAAAGUUUCUGUGUUUACAGUAUAUGCAUGCUAUAUAUGAAUGAAAUGACAUUUUUGUUUCUACAACCGAUGUAUAAUACUGAGAUAUAUAUCAGAAUCUUUGCAUGAUCCAGAGUUAUGACAGUUUAAUGCAGCAAAAUAAUUGAAUUGCAACCAUGAAUUAUAGUUUCUGUGUUUACAGUACAUGCAAGUCAUAUGUGAAUGACAAUGUUGAAAAGUUUUAUUUGCCUUACAAGUAUUAUUUGAUUUCUUGACUGCCAGAGUUGUAUGUCUAGUCAACUAAUCUUUGAUGGUUAUGGUUGAAUAAAAUAUCUUGAAUAUCUUGAAUAACUGAGGGAUCUUAAUAGUGUGUCAAAUUUGAGGACAAUCUGAAUAAUCCCUUCACAGAAAUUUCUAUAGCAAAUUUGCUCUUGGCAAUCAAAUUCAACAAUUUCAGAAGCUUUUAGCAGUUAUUGCAACUUGUUAUUGAUAACAAGUUUUAUGAAACAGGGCCCGAAUGACCUAAAGCCAGAAAGGUGUUCAAUUUACGUAAAAUAAUGAGUUUUGUCUUCCUGGCUCCUAUUGGUAUGCAUUUUUUUACAUUCCACUGGCAUUAUACAUGUAUGCAACUGUUUUGAGAUUCAAUCCUAACAUUCAUACUAAAAUUUGAAUCUUUUUAUAUUAUAUGAGUCAGAGUGUCUUAUUUUUUAUGAUGUGUGACUUCAAAGUACUAUGCAUGUACUUUUUAUAUUGAUAUAUACGUAUUUCAUGUGAGAUUUAUGAAAUUAUAGUACAUGUGAAUAAUAAAAUGUUUCUAAUUUGUAUAGAAACAAACAUUGAUUCAAAUCAUCAUAAUAUAUUUCAGUAUUGUAUGCAAAAAAUACCAAUAUAAUUUUUAUUUUUUGUAAUAUUUUGUAUUAAAAAACAAAAUUACAAAUAUAUAUAUUUUUGUUAAUGACAUAUACAUGCAAUGGUAGUAUUAAAACAUGAUUCUCUAGCCUUCGUAGGAUUAAACAAAGAAAAUCAAAAUUCUUAUGGGUGAGCUGCAAGAUAUGAUGUUAAUUAACUUUUCUUGUUCAAGUUAAAACUUAAACAGAUAAAUGCAGUAUCUUAAUGUCCCACAAAAACAUUCUCAUGACAGUAUGAGAUAUAUAUUAUGCAAAUAAUGUAUAAUCUGUGUAGUACAGUAAAACAACAUUUCAUGUGUACUAAAAAUCUAUCAAUUUUUAUUGCUAAUACUUAAAAUUCUGAAUAUUCUUCUUAAUUCCUACGGAUAUAAGCUUCUAGAAAAAAGUGAUUGUUGUGGGUGGCCUUAAUAGAUGGGUUUCACUGUAUUUUUCUACAUAGUAAAUAUAAAAACAAUUUGAUUGAUGUGUCACACACAAUACAGUAUGUGUUGCAAAAUAUCUCUGGAUUCUACAAAGUGUAUCUGAAUGCGAGAAGCAAUAUAUGAAUCUGUAACCAUGUAACAUAACUUUCAUGAUUUUAUUUCAUGAUUUUCUAUACCAUACUUAUAAUGAGGAAGGAAACACUCCACACUUUCCAUUCAUACAGUAUGUACAUGUAAUUACCUCCCAAUAUGUGCAAUUAUAAUGUAAAUAAAGUAAAAUCAAAGCAUUAAUUUUUUAAGUGAAAACCUAUAUUUGUAUUAUGGUACUAAAUAAAAUUUUGUAUUUUGAUUUACAGAUCA